AUGGACUUAUAAUAUGAGGAGGGAGAGAUCUUCGCUUAAAAAAGUGAUAAAUUGGAAGGUGUAGAUAGCGAAUCCUCAUUGCGUUCACUUAGUGAUACUAAUAGAGAAGAAAGAGUGCACAAGACUAUAAAGGAUGAGUUAAGCUCAGUUUCUUAUGUUUGUCCCAUUUUCAAUUUCAUUGGCCGUUGCACUUAAGUUGAAUGCAAAAAGAGACAUAUGUUUAUUUAAGAUGGAUUGGAUGAAUUAAUAACUGAGUAUCAAACAUUACUGGAUGUCCUGGUGAGAAAUGGAGAAAAAGUUAGAGUUCCUUAUGAGAAUGUUCUCAAAAAUGAAAGUAAAACUACAAGGCAUUAAAUUCUUAAACCAAAGGUGAUAUCCAAUUAUACUCAGGGAUUUUGUGAAAAAAACAAAAGAACAUUAAUUCAAAAGUUGAGAAAGGAUAUUGAUAAAAUGCAAAGCAAACUUAAGAUUAUAAACUAUUUGAAGAAAUGGACUUAGCAUAAGUUUGUAGAUGAGAGUGAUUUUACAGAAUUGUAUUACUCACUCAACCCUACAUAGCAAAUACAUUUUAUGAAUAUUUUUAGAGUUCUUGAGUUAUAACCACCCUCAUUUCAAUGA